UAAAUGUGAGGAUUUUUCUCUAAAUCCCUCUUCUGUUUGCUAAAUCUCACUGUCACUGCUAAAAUCAGAGCAGAUAGAGCCUGCGCAAUGGAAUAAAGUCCUCAAUAUUGAAAUGUGACAUUGCUCUCAACAUCUCACAUCUCUCUGGAUUUCUUUUUUCUCAUCAUUACUGCUAACAAAUUCAUUUCCAGACUUUGCACUUUUAAGAAGCAAUGGAAAAAAUCAACAGUCUUUCAACACAAUUAGUUAAGUGCUGCUUUUGUGAUUUCUUGAAGGUGAAGAUGCACACUGUGUCCUACAUUCAUUUCUUCUACCUUGGCCUGUGUUUGCUUACCUUAACCAGUUCUGCUGCUGCUGGCCCAGAAACACUCUGUGGUGCUGAGCUGGUUGAUGCUCUUCAGUUUGUGUGUGGAGACAGAGGCUUUUACUUCAGUAAGCCUACAGGGUAUGGAUCCAGCAGUAGACGCUUACACCAAAAGGGAAUAGUGGAUGAAUGCUGCUUCCAGAGUUGUGACCUGAGGAGGCUGGAGAUGUAUUGUGCUCCAAUAAAGCCACCUAAAUCUGCACGCUCUGUACGUGCUCAGCGCCACACUGAUAUGCCAAAAGCACAAAAGGAAGUGCAUUUGAAGAAUACAAGUAGAGGGAACACAGGAAACAGAAACUACAGAAUGUAAGAACAUGCCAUCCACAAGAAUGAAGAAUGAAUGUGCCAUCUGCAGGAUACUUUGCUGUAAAUAAAUUAUUUGUUAAACAUUGGAAGACUUAAAAAAAAAACUAUGGUUUAAUAAGCUUGAUGCAAUCUCAACCAAUGGGCAUUCUCCCAGUGAACAAUGCAACUAAACAUUCCAAUAUUAAGUCUUUAGAGAACAGAACAUUUUAACCAGCCCAGAGCUAAAAAUUUCUGUGGUUGAUAUAUUACUGUUUGUUAACCUGUUUUAAAUGUCCUGCACAAAAACUCUUAAAGUCCUGUGCCCCUCAAAAGCCUACAAAUUUAUGGGCCUUUGAUGGAUCCAAUUGCACUAAAUUAACCUAUGAACACUGGCUGCUAGAGUCAUUCAUCAGCCUUGUCUAAGUGGUGUUUUUUUUAUUUGCACUUCUAUACAAGCAACAGGCUGUUUGUUUUACAGUGUCUGAUAACAUUGUUUGUCUACCCCUUCAUAUUUGCACAGUUUGACAUUCCCAGUAACAGCAGCAGUAAGGUAACAUAUACCGUUUUAAACAUCCAUUAAUUCCAUCUGUGGCAUUUUGACAGAAUAUGGGUUAUAGAUGCAUUUGUUUUAAGACAGUUUUAUUUUUCCUUCUCUUGCAAAGAUGCAGUUUAUUGCAAUUUGUGAGACAAAAGAUUUUUAAAAGCAGUUAAAGCAUACAUAGGCUCUCAAACCAUUAAUGAUUCUUCCAGGUAAUUAUUUUGCAACAGUAUAGGUAACUUCUUUCUUCCUCCAUAUAAUGCAGUAUGUAAAAUUUAGCAUAUCAAUAAUACACAUAUAUCAAACAGUAUGUAAAAAUCUCUGUUUUAUAGUACAACGGUGCUAUUUUAUAGUUUGUUACAUGAAAGGGUCUGGCCAAAACAGUAAUGAGUAAAAGCAAAUAUUAAAAGAUUAAGCCAAAGAUUAAAUAACAAAAUAGUUUUUAAAAUAUUCACUUUAAAUGAAAUAAAAUGGCUUCAAAUUCCAACAUGGAAAUAACUUUCCCAUUUUCAAAAGAAAAUUCAGAUACUUUUUUCCAUUUAGAUGUUUGAGGGAUGGUGUCCUCACAGUAAUGUGGAACACAAAUUCAUAGGUGUCUGGGCCCGGAGAAGACAAUUUGAAAAACAGCCCUCAAAUGACUUCAAAGGGUAGCCCAUCAGGACCUAAAUCUUUCUGAAAUAUCAACAUUCUAUUCAAACGUGAGAGAGGGUUACUCAAGUUCUUUGCCAUUUUCAUUCUUCCCACAACCAGAUGUGACUAAAUUGACUGUUAAUUAGGCUGCUGCAUCUCUCUGUAAGAAAAGCUAAUCUAAUCACCAAAUUACAGUAUAGAAAGAGUUCUCAAGAAGAGAUGAACCAUAAAGUCCUUCAAACUGCUACUCACAUAAGCUUUUCACGCACUCUUGUGGGAGACACAUAUUUUCAGAUAAUCUCUGCCAUGUAACCUUGGUAGGUACUGCACUGAUUCUGCCUUGAAUAACACUGUGUCCUAUGCUCCAUCCUUGUAGACCAACUCGGUGCUAGAUCGGGCAUGCAGUAAAGAGAGAUAGGUAGCCAACCAUGUCCCAAGGUGAGCAACAAAUUUAUCUGUGAGAGAAGAGAAGGCAGGGGAGAAUGCACUGUUCCAUCCUGUCCAGAGCUGCAACUCGACUUCUUCUCCCCCACCACUCUGCAUGAGGCAAACUCAGACAAGAGAUGAAGUAUCCCUUUGUCAGCCCCAAAGAGGGCAGGGAGGACACUGUAUCAGAUGUUAGAUUAGAUCUGUAAAGGAAAUAUCUCUUUUUAAAGGCUCAAAUCUGCCUUACUUUCUGCUACAUCCAUGGGAAUAGAUGACUGAACUAUUGAUUAACACACAAGAGAAGAAUCUCUGCAAACUGCAUAUUGUACAGCUCCUCAACAGUUUCUUGUGAAACAGAUGGGAAAAGUAGGUCUUAAAAGUCUAACAAUUUUUUAUUCCCAUAGAAAAUUUGGGUUUUAUAUUUUUUCCAAGGAAAAUGCAAUGUAUUCCUGUGUGACCCUUUAAACCCUCCACUUUCUGUGACGUGCAUGUUUACAUGCACAAUAGGCUGCCAUUGCAUCAUAAAAGCAGAACAGUAAAUGAAUAAAAAGAAUAUGUCACAGUUGUCACUGCCAGAGAUAGAUAUGUUGAAGAAGGAAGAAAAUAUAGAGAAAGAGAUGGGGAAACUAACUUAAAUUAUUCACCAAUUCAAUAAACUGAGGUAGAAAUUCUGGUAGCUGUCACAGCUCUCACAGGCCUUUUUAUGGCAGAGGGGAUGUAGAGGGAUGUAUUUUUACUUCAAUGACUGUUAAGAAUUCUGAAAUGCAUUCGAAGAAUAAGCCAUUGUUUUGCUAUCACAGAUAUAACACAAAUUUCCACUUUGUGUCCCAUGACUCUUUCUCUCCCCUACCUCCUCUUAAGUUCUAAGGGGAGGAGGGAGGAAAGGUGUGAGCGCAAAGGCAAUUUGCAGAUCUCUGUAGUGGCAAGUUUCUUUGUAGGUAAAAUUUUACUGAUGCAGUGUUAACAUAACUGAAUAACCUUACACCAUUGUGCAAUUUAAUUCCUGUAAAUUAAUUCAAAUUUUGGUUUUAUCUUGUGAUUCAUGCACUUACAUUCAUGCCACCAUAUUUCUCCUGUUGAGAAAUCAUUAGAAAAUGUCACUCAUAGACAGCAAUAUCUAACAUCAGAACUUGACAACUGUCUAAACAAAUUAGAACAAUUCUUGACAGAAAGUACAAUAAAUAACGAAUAGCUACAAGAGUCAAAGGCAACACUUUGCUUUGCUAGAGAAUGAAUGGUAUCACAAAAUGGAGACUAGCUCCACCACCAUAGAGGUGAGAAAUGCAUGGAUGAGAAAUGCAUACUCAUAUAAGAAAUCUCCAGUCAUAUGGCAGGGAGCACAUGAUAUACCAGUCUGUGUGAAAGAGAAAGGGCUUAAUAAUAAGCAUUAGCUUAAUAAUCUCAAUAAAUCCACUACUUAAAGAAGGUGAAGCAUGAGCCAAAACAUCUCCAUCCCAAAAGUACAAAGUAGUCGUACUUGAAAAACCUCUAAUUAGAGAAAUUGAAGGGUUCAGCUGGAUUUUCAAAAACACUCCAGAUAUUUAGGAACAGGGCUCCCACUGGAUGGCAUUGAUUCUAAUAAAUCACUUACGUGGUAAAGAAAAUCCCACUUUCCAUCCUUCUAUAUCAUGUAAAUCACAUGACAGAAGUCACAGAUUUUUGCAUUCUAGAAUAGACAUAUAACUCAAAAUAUUCCACAGAAUGUCACUGAAGUUCAGAAGUAAAAAAGUGAAUUAUGUCUCAUUGUUUUCAGUUAGUUCAAAAAGGACUACAGAUCUAAACGCACUGAAGUUAAUGUAUCUCUUUCAUCAAGGUAGCAAAAUUUAAGCCUCAUUUCCAUAAUACCAUAAUUAAUCAUUAAGAGUUUAAAUGGAAAAUUAAUAAAAUCUAAAUUCAGCUCAAAAUGAACUUACAAACCUAUACUUAUAUUUGUGUGAAAGACUUGUAUGAGGCUCAUUUCUUCCAUUCAGAUAAGAGAAAAAAUAAAAUCAGAUAAUGGGAUACUGCUUACAGUCCCUGUAGAUACAUUAAAGUUGGGAACUUUUGCCCAAGACAGGUUAGACUGUCAAUUCCGUUUUUAAAAUUAAAGGGUAAAUUAGUGGUAGGCUUUCUUUGCAGAAGUGAAUUCCAUACACAAGUAGUAGCUAUGUUCAGUUGCCCCACGAGCUGGUCAUUGACUUAGUAUCAACUGUUCAAGUUGGUUAAUGGCCUGGCUCCUAGGCCAGGCACUGCAUCUUCUUGGGUCUCCAUUUUAACAAGCAAGUGCAUGGUAACACAAGUUCAGAAAAGUGGAUGCAUAUUUGCUUUACCUGUUACUGAUUUGGCCAACAAUGCCAAAGUGGUGCUAUUGUUUUGUUUAAGAAAGUACUUGACUAAAAUAUAAAAGAAAGCAUAAAUAUUUUUUUAAUGUAUGAAAAUGACAAUUAUAUAGGUAUGGUUAUUAAAGUAGAAAUACAACUAGCCAUAAUUUUUCAACUUUUUGUCACUUAGCAACAGCAAAGAAAUCUUAAAUUGAUGGAGACGGGGCAGGAAUAAGAGUCAAAAUGCCACAAAAAUUCAUAGACUUGAAAUGCAAUUCUGAAUCUAUACUCCAAGUCAGAAAUACAGAUGAAGAAAAGCAUUUGAAGUCAGAAAACAAAGGAUAUGACUGAAAGCCUGUACAGAUUAAUGUGAGUCCUAUAUCAUACCAAAGAUUUUUAAGCCGCACUCUCACCUGAAAUCAGUGUAGUGUUUGGCUUAAAGUCAGUGGCUUGGUAUGAUCAAGAUUUCCAUUGAGCACCCAUUUUUAUUUUUACCUGAUCACCUUCUCACCCAUGGCAUGCCCCCCAAAAGAAAUGCACAAAGAAAUGCACCUGAUUUUAACAAAGAAUGAAAAUAAAUAUUCCUAACAAGGAAGUGAUGCUAUUUUUAAUUCUCACCAGUUUCAAAUUGUGAGAAAAAGUUGAAAUAUAUGGCUAACAGUCUGUGAAUUUUUUUUUUUUUUACUUUAUGUGAUCACUAUGAACAUCCUAAUGUGCAAAAUUACACAUUUCAUUGUUUUGUUUUGAAAUGAUGGUAAAUUAAGCCCAAAUAGAGAUUCUUGGAACCUAUAGGCUAGAUAUAGUACUUAUGUUCUGAUGAAGGUAUAAUCAAUAUAUUUAAAAUGUUUAUUUUUAGUCUGAAAAGGAAUAGUAAUAAUUUAUUUGGGGACUCAACCUAUACUGGUCCCUCUUUUAAGGAUACUGUUCAGUGCAAACAAGUCUUCUAAAUGCCAACCUUCUAUUCAAAACUAACAUUAAUUCCUCCCUCCCCUUCCCCCCAGCAAAACUAGUUAAAACACUAUUGCAUCAUAAUCUUAUUGUUUGUCUGUUUGUUUGGGGGGUGGGGUGUUUUAUUUUAUUCACUUUGUUUUGAUUUGGGUGGCAGGGGUAAGGAGGAGGAGAUGAGGCUUUCAAGUGAUUAAGAUUUUUUCCUCUUGGGUACAAUCCACAAAAAAUAAAGAAUUUGCCUUGAUGAGAUUAUUAAUUAUCCAGCUCAUGUGUGGAAAUAGCGUUAAGUAAAACAACUAGAUUAAUGUUGUCUUGAAAGAAGGAAAGACUUUAUUAACACAAAGUUUUUACUCAUUCUAAUUCUACACUACAUUUUGCUUCUUGCAGUAUUGGAAUAUUCUACUGGACUAUAGGUGUCCAAACACGCAGUAGCUGAUAUAUAUAAAUCUUCUUUGAUUUUUUUACAUGAAGGGUGUUAUGGGAAUAUCUGAAACUUGAUUACAUAUAGUACAGUCUAGAGAUACCAGUCUAGCAGAGACUAAAACAAGAAGGACCUCCCUGAUGCUUACAUUAGGAAAUCUUAUACUAGUUGCAUAAAGGGUGUGUGAAUGUAUAUAUAGAUAUAUACAUAUAUGCAGACAUAUGUAUGUAUAUGUGUAUAUAUAUAUAAAGUCAUAAUGUGUGUGUGCACAUGUAUGUAUGCUUUUCUUCUUUUUCCACUCCAGUAUAAUUUUAAUUUCUUGCUUUUUACACAUCAUUUCUCAUGGAUUAUGGUCAAUAAUCCAACUGGAACCUAAUUUUAGAAGACCUUUGUAUAAUAUGGAUGUCACAAGUUAGAUCCUACCUUUGUUUCUCACACCUAAAGAAAUAACCUGACUUUUAAAUCAUGAGACACUUCUUUGGUGUCAUCAAGCAAAUUAUCUAUCUGUUUAAGUACAGACAUAAAACACAGAUAUAACUCUGAGGGCCUUAUUAUGGAAACAUUGAUUUAAAAAUUUAGUUUUAUUUCAUUCUUCCCCAGAUAACUUCUGUUAUGUGAGAUUUUUUAUGUGUAAGCAUCCUUUCAAAGUAAGACUAAUGGGUAAUAUAAACAGAGAAGAAUGUCAAUUUCUGUCAUUUAAUAAUAUCACCUCAAUUAUCCAUUUGUCAAUUAGAUGUUAUUUGUAAGAAUAAUUCAUGCCUCUCUAUAGUACCCUUACUUAUUUCAGAAAUGGAAAAGACUUAGCACUGUAAAUUCCUAUAUCUCAAAUAAUUUAUAAUAAUUUUUGAUUUCUCUGUAUUUUUCAAUAACUUUAUUUUGCCAGCUUGGUUCACAAAAGUCAUAAAAAGCAUCACCUUGAUACUUCUGCUGCUAAAAAUUCCCACAAAUAUUUAACAUGCAUACACCCACCUACAAUAUUUACAUAUUCACACUUGAUUGAAGUUCUUAAACAACACAAAUACAGUUGGGACAUUUUUUUUCCACAAUUUAUAUGUAUGAACCAUUUUCUAACUAAAUCUAAGACAUUCCAUCUUACUGUAUUUUACAUUCAUUAGUAUCAUCUCAUUCCUCUAAAGCAACAACAAAGUACUUGCAGAACAAAAAGGAUUCUAUUUGAUAAAUAGAAUCAUGCUUCAUGUACUCAUGUAAAAGAAAAAUGUUUAACCAGAUAACUAUAUUUACAACUGAUUCAAUGACAUUCAUAUUUGGUAAUGAAAUAUUUAACUUUGUAAAUUUUAAAAUCAAAUUAAUGUUCCACUCUUCCUGGUUUACUGGCAUUAAAAUGGUUUAUGGUAUGAAAAAAAAAGCCUACUCUGACAAUGAUUAAAGACAAAGGAUCUAAGACCAAUAGACUAAAGCGCUACCAAUGAAAGAGGUACAAUGUCUUUUUUUGUGUGCACAGGGAUGAAUUCUAUCUUAACUUUUUUUUAGAUUAGAAUUUCAAAUCAAAUUCCUAUAAAUACUACAUAAGAACUAUAAUACUCUUCAUUAUUUCCACUUAGAGACAUUUUUUAAUAUAAUAAAACACAUGCAAGUUACACUGCAUGACACAGUAUAUAAAUCUUAACUUUUCAUUUAUUACCAUUUCUAAGGAAUUAGUUCAACUGAAUUCUAUGGAAAUCCUAUGGAAGAUGAAAAAAACAGUUUUUAAAAGUGUAUAAUGAUAAUAGUUGCCUGAUUAAACUAAGCCUCAUCAAACAUGAGUCAUAAAAUGCUCCACUGAAAGCAUACUGGUACUUCAUAAUCUUCUGAACAGCUUCAACUGUAGUCUGAUACUUCACGUUGCUUUUAUCAGAAUGUGAUGGUUCUGCUUUAUAGUUUCUUAAUCCUUGGAGUCCUUGGGUUGAAUAUUAAAUAUGUUUAUCAAGCCUCAGGAUUUUAGGAAACAAAGUUAAAGUAGAAGAAGCAGCACCACCUGCUGCUGGUAAUCAAAUCAUACAUGAGCUUUCUCUCCUCAAAUUACCUGCAAAGCCACCCAGAAGUGCUAAAUGAAGAGAUCAAUAGCACUAGGUUUUCAGGACACCCUUUCCAAUAAGAAUAUUAACUGUCCUCCCUUUCUUCACUGUUGGACUUCAAUUGGUAUCCUGACUAAAACUGGGGUUUCCAUGACGCAAGCAUGAAUGUGGAUACAUGAAUAUCUGAUUUCACUACUGAAUAAUGCUACUAUCAACAUUUCAAGUCAUUAUAACCAAACAGUGACAAGUGUUCAAUGUUCAUUCACUAAAAACCAUUUAAACUCUCUAUUAAAGUUCUAACUGGAUUUAUUCUUUCUUUUUUAUUUUCUUGUGCUUACUCAUAAUACAAUGUCACUACUUGAUGACAAAUAAUAUUUCAUACUGUGUAUGUAACAUCAUUGUGUUGCAGAAUCCCCCAAAUACCUCAACAAUGUCUUUGUUGCGCUAUUCUCCCCAUUUAGCACUUAUAAGCUUUUCUAGUAACAACCAAUAAAUCAAAAUACGGAGCUCUUAAUAUGUACAAAUAUUAAAAAAAAAUCAAGAAUUUUUUGCUAGUUUGCAGUUCAUGUAAUGCCAUCUUGACCAUUCUCUUCCCCUCUCUCUACAAGCUGUCUAGAACAGUAAACUUUGCUCCAUAAAUAAUAGUGUAUUCAUGCUUUUAAAGGCUUUUAUAUGCAUUUAUGGUAGGUAAAGGUUGGAAGAGGUAGUUGACUGAUUUUCACUUUUAUCUACUUUGAUUUCAGUAAAGGGCUUUGUCACUCUGUAUACAUAAAGGCUAAUGCACCCUUUGGUUUGUAGAAUGUACUGAAAUGUUUGCAACCCUCUUGGUAUCAGGUCCAAAAUGUGAAGCAUUACUGUUUAAGAGGGUAUCUUUCUAAUGUAUUUGUAUGUAUAGUUUACACCUCUGUGAGGUCUAAUAAAGGAUUAUGGUUAAUAAAAAAUGCGUUGAAAAUUCCUCAUCCACAUAGAUUUUGCAGUAAUUUGCAUUCUUUCUUUCUCCUCCCUGGCAUAUACAUUUCAAUUCUCAGGAUACACCAA